AUGUGGGUCAUUGUCGUUAUGAGCCUGAAGCAUCGAAGCACGGCACCACGCAGUAAGGGGAACUAUCGGACCGACGGAGAUCCCUCGUGGCACGAAAGUCGUCAUGCUCCGUUGCCGCGGCCGCGGCCGAGCGAUGCCUGCGACGCGUCGAAUGAUCAUUGCGAAAUGAGGCUAUUUUGUUCUGAUUUCUCGAUUUUAGUAAUCCUGCCGGCAGGUGGAUUUUCUGAUCGAUCAUCAGACGUCGUCAGCGUCCGAACGAAUGUGAUUCCUUGUGGGCGAGCAAAGCUGAGCCAAGGCAGGAACGCAGCUGAGAGUGUUGUUGUCCUAGUCCAGGUCGUCGACUCGCGUCCUCAUCAUUAUCAUCACUGUCACCCGACCCGGCCGGUCAGUCGCAAUGGUCGUCACGGUCACUCGAUGGACGACAGCCGUACUGGUGCCGUCGCUGUGCGCGGCGGUGCUCGUGCUGCUGCUUCCGGCGGCAUACUCGAGGAGCAUAGACUGGACCAGAUUCCACACGGAUGA